AUGUCAGACUCUCCCGCUAACAACAGCGAUGUCAGACUCUCCCACCAACAGCAGCGAUGUCAGACACUAUCACCAACAACAGCGAUGUCAGACUCUCCCACCAACAGCAGCGAUGUCAGACACUAUCACCAACAGCAGCGAUGUCAGACACUCCCACCAACAACAGCGAUGUCAGAAGCUCCCACAACCAGCAGCUAUGUCAGACUCUCCCACCAACAGCAGCGAUGUCAGACACUAUCACCAACAGCAGCGAUGUCAGACACUCCCACCAACAGCAGCAAUGUCAGACACUCCCAACAACAGCAGCGAUGUCAGACACUCCCACCACCAGCAGCGAUGUCAGACACUCCCAACAACAGCAGCGAUGUCAGACACUCCCAACAACAGCAGCGAUGUCAGACACUCCCAACAACAGCAGCGAUGUCAGACACUAUCACCAACAACAGCGAUGUCAGACUCUCCCACCAACAACAGCGAUGUCAGACACUCCCACCAACAGCAGCGAUGUCAGACGCUCCCACAACCAGCAGCUAUGUCAGACACUCCCACCAACAGCAGCAAUGUCAGACGCUCCCAACAACAGCAGCGAUGUCAGACACUCCCACCAACAGCAGCAAUGUCAGACUCUCCCGCUAA